AUGAGCUCCAAGGCCCUCUCUGCCGUCGCCCGUAGCCGCCCGCUCGCGAUCCGCGCGGCCGUCCGCGGUGGCCACCACCACGCGCCGCCGCCGCCGCCGUUUGCGCGCCUGCCUGUGCCCCAUGGCAACAAGCCGCUCGAGCUCCACCGCGAUCUGGUCUGGACCGACUCGGUCGCGCCCGAGCUGCUCCUCGACUUUGACUCGCCGCACAUUACGAGCGGCCAGGCCCUGCGCGCGCUCCUCGGUAUGCUCUCGAUGGUGCCCAUCUUCUUGGGCGUGCUCUACGUGGCCAACCCGGACGGCAUGCGCAAGGCCUCCAAGCGCGGCAACCACUUGCAAGACUUGCGGUGGGAAUUCGGCCAGAUCGACGAACCGGAAGGCGAGAUGGAAGAGAUGUAA